UCUGCACGUCCCCUUCACCCCAGCAGCCCGCGGAGGCCACCUCGGGGUGCAGGAAGCAGCUCGGAACCGCGCGUGAUGUAGACGAGGCUGGGCGCAUCCCUAGUCCACGCUGCGCCCGCGGGCUCCAUGGGCAGGCCCCAGGAACACUGCUCGGAACUCUCCUGGGCCGAGGUCCCCCUCCUUAGAAGGCCACUUGCUUUCAUCCGAACGUUCCAUGUGGCCGUAAAACUCAGGUGCGAGUCCUCCUGCUCCCCCCUUUCAUGUAAUUACUCCCUGAACGCGGCGGCCUCUGAGAUCCCUCUCGCUAAAAUACGGCUUUGCUGUGAGCGCCCACCUCUGCCAUGAUGCCCGAUUUUCACGGCCAAGGAAUGGGGCUGGGGGUGGGGACAAAACAAAACAAACACAGAGCAACAGACAAACCAGCCCUGUGAGGCACGCAGCCCCGGCGGGGGAGAAAAGCCUCCUUGUGCUUCUGGGGAGCAGCUCCGCGGAUUCACGGCGAAAGCUGGCUCGGAGGAAGAGGCCGCGUCUCUCUCUAGCGGCUGAGGCGCUGCUGUGCAGCGGGACCCUCGCCCAGGACGCUGCCUCCGGCCGCCCUCCCGCAGCCUCCUCCCGGUCCUGGCAGCCCCAAACAGGAGCUGAGUUUGCAGACUGACGGGCUGGAAAGGGCUGGUGGUGCUGAUGUCAGAGCCAGCAGGCAGCUGCGAUUGGAUCUAAUUAGACUUUGCAGCAGCAAAUAGACAAGCUCCCUGCGUGAUUGGCUUCAAAGUGGCUGGUGCCAAACAACUAGCCAGGCGCAAAGUGGGAGCCGGGAGCAGCUGCGGGGCCAGAGCUAGCGGGCGGCCUGGAGGAGGAGGACCCCGGGCCAGGCACACCUGCGGCCGGCCGGCGCCCCCGCCCAGAGCCGGGGGCCGAGCAGCCCGCGCGGGAGGGAGCGGCGACGCGCCUCCUGGAAGUGAGCCUCCCGCGCGCUCGCAGAAGCCCGGAGCCGCGGAGGUGAGACCGCCCGCGGACGGACGCUCCCGGGACCCGGCGCGGCAUGGCCUCCGUGCUGGGGAGCAGCCGCGGGGCUGGAGGGCUCAGCGGGCAACUCCGGUGCAAGUGCAAGAGGCGGCGGCGGCGGCGGUCCAAGAGGAAAGACCGGCUCGGCUCCCUGGCCACCUUCGUCUCGCCGUUCAAGCACCUCAGCCCCAGCGCCACGCACGCCGAGGACGAGGACAGCCUCAGUACGAGCAGCACGGAGGUGAAAGAGAACCGGAACGUGAACAGCCUGGCGUCCGGUGAGCGGGCCUGCGGAGGCGUGCCGGGGCUCAAGAGGAAGCGGCCGCUGGAGGAGGGCAACAGCGGGCACGUGUGCCAGCUGCAGCUGCUCUGGAGGCGGCUCUCGUGGUCCGUGGCGCCCAAGAACGCGCUGGUGCAGCUGCACGAGCUGCGGCCGGGGCUGCAGUACCGCACGGUGUCGCAGACGGGCCCUGUGCACGCGCCCGUCUUCGCGGUGGCCGUGGAGGUGAACGGGCUGACGUUCGAGGGCACGGGGCCCACCAAGAAGAAAGCCAAGAUGCGGGCGGCAGAGCUGGCCCUCAAGUCCUUCGUGCAGUUCCCGAACGCCUGCCAGGCCCCGCUGGCGCUGGGCAGCCCCUGCCCCGACUUCACCUCCGACCAGGCCGACUUCCCGGACACGCUCUUCAAGGAAUUCGAGCCCCCCGAGCCCGGCGGCCCCCUCCUGGCCCACCGCGCUGCGGCCCCCGAGCUGCUGCCCACGGCCUGCCCGCGGGGCCGGCUGCUGUGCCACACGCUGGACCUGCUGGGCCCCGUGCCGCCGGACAGGCCCCGGCCACCGGGCGCGGGCGCGGGCACGGGCGAGAGGAACCCUGUGGUGCUGCUGAGCCAGCUGCGCUCCGGCCUGCGCUACGUGUGCCUGUCGCAGACGGCCCCGCGGCAGCGGCCCCGCAGCUUCGUCAUGGCCGUGUGCGUGGACGGGAGCACGUUCGAAGGCUCGGGCCGCAGCAAGAAGCUGGCCAGGGGCCAGGCAGCGCAGGCUGCCCUGCACGCCCUCUUCGACAUCCGCCUGCCUGGCCCUGGCCCCUGCAGGAGCAGGGGCUGCUUCCUGCCGCAGGAAUUCGGCGACUCCGUGGCGCAGCUGGUCGCGCAGAAGUUCCGCGAGGUGACCAGGGGCCUAGCGUCGGGGCACGGCCGCCACAAAGCGCUGGCGGGGAUUGUCAUGAGCAGAGGCCUGGACAUCCGGCAAGCACAGGUGGUGGUGGUGUCCUCAGGAACCAAGUGCAUCAGCGGCGAGUACCUCAGCGACCAGGGCCUGGUGGUGAACGACAGCCAUGCCGAGGUGCUGGCCCGCAGGGCGCUGCUGCACUUCCUGUAUGCCCAGCUCGAGCUGCACCUGAGCAGGCAGCGUGAGGACCAGGAGCGCUCCAUCUUCAUGCAGGUGGAAGAGGGAGGCUACAGGCUGCGGGAGCAGGUGCUGUUCCACCUCUACGUGAGCUCAUCCCCCUGCGGAGACGCGCGGCUACACUCACCCUACGAGAUCACGGCUGAGCUGAGUGGCAGCAAGCACCUGGUCAGGAAGCUCCGAGGGCACCUGCGCACCAAGAUCGAGUCCGGGGAGGGCACAGUGCCCGUGCGGGCCGCCGGUACAGUCCAGGCUUGGGACGGUGUCCUGCUGGGGGAACAGCUGGUCACCAUGAGCUGCACAGACAAAAUCUCCAGGUGGACAGUGCUGGGGCUGCAGGGGGCCCUCCUCUGCCACUUCAUCGAGCCUGUGUACCUGCACAGCGUCGUCGUGGGCGGCCUGCGCCACGCUGGCCACUUCUCCCGGGUGCUGAGUCACAGGACUGGGAACAUCGGCCCGCUGCCCGCCUCCUUCCGGCACAGCCGGCCCCUCCUCUGCGGAGUGAGUGAGACCGAGGCACGGCAGCCAGGGAAGUCUCCCCACUUCAGCAUGAACUGGGUGGCCGGAGCAGCUGACGUGGAGGUCCUGGACGCCACCACAGGCAGGAAGAGCUGUGGGGCCCCGUCCCGGCUCUGCAAACAUGAGCUCGCAGCACGCUGGGCCCGUCUCUAUGGGAAGCUGAGCCCUCGGAUCCCGAAGACUGCAGACACGCCGUCCCUGUACUGUGAGGCCAAGUCGGGGGCGCACACCUACCAGGUGGUCAAACAGCAGCUGUUCCGAGCCUUCCAGAAGGCCGGCCUGGGCACGUGGGUGCAGAAGCCCCCGGAGCAGGAGCACUUCGAGCUGACUCUCUGAGCAGACCGCGCCGGGCGUGUACGCACGUGCCCAGUGUGUACGUGCAGCGUGGCUGCAGCCACCCAGGACUCUGCUCCCGACCUCCUGCUGCCCCAGAAAUGCACGAGUGCUCCGUGGGACGGGCAGGUGCCCAGCAGCCUCCGCGUGCGCCCCUAAGGCCCAGUCUGUGACCCCAGAGGGAAAAGCCCCGGGCUGUUCCCCAGAGCCAGCUGGCCCGUCGUCGCUGCCCUGCCACUUCCUCUGGAAGGCUCCAGAGCCCUGACAGCCGGAGCGGGGGCGCAGCUCUCGUGAGUGCAGGCAGUGCCAGGUGGCUGCACGUGGGGGCCCUGCUAUCCCACGCCUCCCUGCAGGCCCCCGUCUCACUCCCAGUGGCUUUAGUCCAUCCUCACACCACGACAAGCACAAACAGGCCAGUUCCGUGGGCCCCCAGAGCAGCUGCAGACCGUGUGGGGGCACAGCGUGGCAAGCCCCCUGGGGUGCCCUGGCCGGUAGUGAGAACCCUGAGAACCGCCCCCUCCCCCUUCCCUGUCUGGAAGCCACAGGGCCGGGCUGCACCUUCCCGUGCGAUACCCUGCCAGGUGCCCAAACUAAACGGAGCUAACAACACGUAGCACUAGUCUUAAAUAGAAACUUCCUGGAGCUUCACAAAAGAUCCAAUUUGUUCUUCACAUAAGAUCCUACGUCUUUUAAAUUCAGAAUCACACGGCAGCAGACUUCUCUAAGACAACAUUGCACAAAAUAUGAGAAUGUCUUUGCAGAAGCCACCUACAUACAAAUGUCACAGAAACAGAGGAAGCCAAAUGCAAUCUUAACUGAGCAGGAAAGUUUCGGUCCAACAGCCAGUUUUCAUCCGUUUCUGAUCACUCGGGGUGUCAUGAGAAGCAGCUCAGAAAACCUCAAACCCUGAGCACUGACCUUGGUAUUCUAACACCUGAGCCCACGUCUGGGUGGGGAGUGGACCUGGGAUCCAGCUGCCCAGCCACCAUUGCACCUCCCUUUGCCAGUGGUCCUUUGUUCCACAGUGUCUCCUCCCCAGGAGCAUGGCACUGCAGGGGCACCAGUCAGGGAGGCCUGAGCAAAGGCCUGGGCCACUCACCACCCAGGACACAGGUCCUGACUGCGUUUGAGGCCAAGGCAGUUGGGGUCUGGGGCCCAGGAACCCCGCCUGGAGCAAGCCACAGCUUCUUGUCCCACAGCAAGGUCAGCAGGCCAGAGGGAAGAAAGAAGGGGAGGUGGGUGACAGGAAGGCUUUCGGGAGCCUGGGGUAUCCCACGAACAGCCCCCGGCGCUGGGCACAGAAGCAGAGCAGAAACAUGGGUGAGCAGAAGCCUGACUGCAGGGAGACCAGUGGAGAAUUCAGAGAUGACAGCCGUGUCACACAGGGAGGGACACUCACGUUGGCCAGAGACUGGAGCCCUCAGCAGGCCAGUAACCAGGAGGGACAAAUUCUGUCCCAUCCUUUAUGUGCUGAGCCCGGGACAGCGUGAAGCCACGGAGUAGCAGUGGGCCACUCAAGUUCCCCACGCCUAUUCCUGAUAGGCCCAGUGUCCUGGGUGCUGUGUCCACUUGGUUUGAUGCCACAUCCUUCUUGUCCAACAAAGCAUUUGGAUAAAACCUGCCUCCAAGGCCUGCGCAGGAUUCUGUCCUCCCAGGCCUGGUACUGGGCUCAGAGGAGGCCAUGGGUUCCUGUCCCCCUCCCGCCCGGCUCGCCAUGCCUCACUGCCCAGGGUGCGGUUUGAGGUUCUCUAGUUUGUUUUUGCCCCGGAAAGGGUCUGCAGGUCCCGCUGUUCUGUCCCUGUGGUUCUUGCAUCCAGACCCACUGUCAUACCACUCUGGUUUUGAGAUGAGUCUCGUUCCUCCAAAACGGCACAUCCGUCAGUUUCCCUUCUGAGCAAGCGCAGGUCACAUUUUUGCACAUGGCCCCCGAGCACUGAGGCUGUCCUCGUGAGCAGUGCCCACUGCUCCCGUCUGUGCCCAUCGGGAGAGCCAUACACAGGAGCCUCGUGGUCUAGCGAAGCCCAGGAUAGAGUAGAGUAUUUUGCUAAAAUCCUAUUUUUAGAUUAUAAAUUUCAAGAUGUGUCUAUAUAGUAUCUUGUUUAAAGAAUUUUUUAAAAACGUUUGAAACUCAAAAGUAGCCAUUUUUUUAGUUUAAGGAAAACUUAAGUACCCAUUUUUAAGAAUUCCUCUGAAUAAAAUCAUGUCUGAUCAGCCCAAAAUACAAUAAAUCUCGCCUGAUAAUAGAAACCAAAGGGAAGCUAGAAGUCUUUCUUCUCGUGCACACGCCUCUGCUCGCAUAGCCCCCAGUGCCACACGGCCCUGGAGAAACUGCUGCCCCCUCCUGGUGUGUCUCCCAGCCUGGGCCCCAGUCAGGGGCUCCUCGUGCCCAAGGCCUUCCCCGCACUGAGCUGGAGUCCGCAGUGGGCAGGAGAGCCUGAAGGCUGGAGAGCAGCAGACUGCACCAGAGAGACAGCUUGGCCUGGCCCUGCUGGCGCUGGCCCACAGGGACACAGGGAAGGUCAGGUAGAGGGGAUGGACAGUGCUGUCCAUGGCCCUGACUGCCACAGGCUGGACGCUCUGUAUCGGGAGCUGGGAGGUGUUCGGGGCCAUUCAGCUUUCCCCAGAAUUUAGGGAGGCGAAGGACAUGGUAGGAAGCAGGUGGUGUGGGGACCUCAGUUCCAGGAAUCUGGGGCACCUUUUGCUUCUCCUCUUCACUGUUGCCUCUCUCCUGUCAUCUACUCUGCCUGCUGCUGCACACCCCGGUCCCAGCUCGGAGUCCGUGGAACUGUGUGCAUGCACCUGAGGCUCGUGUCCUGGCACUCAGGCUCGCAGGCCUGCCGGUGCUGCUGGCACUGGGGGCCCGGGGGGAGUGACUAAAGACCUUGUUCCGUCCAAGGUGUGUGCUGUCUCUACCAGCGCAUGCAGCCUCCCACAGGUAGGGACACCAGCAGAGACAGAGGGACGCCCACCUUUCGCAGCUGCAGGCAUCACUGAAAAGACAUGCAAGCCCCAGCCUGUCUCGAGCAGACACUGGGUCUUGGCUCUGCAGUGCACCCAUUGGUUUGCAGAGGACAACUCCCAGCAGUGCCCAGUUAAUGCCCAGCCUUUUCUAAGCAAAUGAGCUAACAGUAACUUAUAAGUGAAGGUAUGUAACAAGCAUGACUGAAUGGCAAUAUUGUAACAAUGGAUGUACAUUUGUAAUAUUUGUAAAAAAGAAAAAAGGAAACCUUGAA